AUGGCCGACGUCGUUCAGUACCGCCUCGAGCGGAUGGUUGAUGAGCUUGACGAUCUAGAACGUAAAGGAAUCUUCACGCGUUCAGAGAUUGCAGAGAUUGUGAAGCAGCGGCGCAAGUUCGAGUACCGGCUAAAGCGUCCGAGCCCGCUCAAACAGGAUUUUAUAGCCUAUGUCGACUACGAGUCUCAGCUCGAUGAGCUCCGGCGCUUACGGAAGAAGGCGACGUCGGUUCAGUCUGAUGAGAAGAAGACUAAGAAGAAGAAAUCGGUUUCCGAUUUCGCCGGUGUGGCUAAGAUUGUGGAGAUUUAUAGGUUAGCGACGAUGAGGUUUAAAGGGGAUAUCAAUUUGUGGUUUAGGUAUCUCGAGUUCUGCAGAGAGAAGAGGAAUGGGAGAAUGAAAAAGGUAUUGGCUCAAGUUAUAAGAUUUCACCCGAAAGUGGCUGCGGUGUGGAUAUAUGCUGCGGCUUGGGAAUUUGAUAAGAACUUGAAUGUUGCUGCAGCUCGUGCUCUUAUGCAGAAUGGCUUGAGAGUGUGUCCAAACUCUGAGGAUUUGUGGGUUGAGUAUCUGCGAAUGGAGCUGACUUAUCUAAAUAAGCUGAAAACUCGUAGAGUUGCUCUUGGUGAAGGUAAAGGAAGUUUGGUGCGUGACGAGAAAACCGUGGAGGAAGAGAAAUGGAAGGGUGAGAAUAAAGAGCUGUUUAUGUCGCUAGAUGAGAAAGUAGAGAAUGGCGGCGACUCUGAUGUUGAAGAUGGUGAGGAUGCGAAUGAGGAAGAUGAUAUCUUUCGGGAAAAGGGGUCUAAUGUUCUUCAGGCUAUUUAUAGUGGAGCCACUGAGGCUCUUCCAUCUAGCUUUGAGUUGAGGAAGCGUUUUCUGGAGAUUCUGGAGGCGACAGAGUUGGCUCAUUCAGAUGAAAUCCGCAAUACGAUUUUAAGUGACCUGAAGCGUGAAUUUUCCAAGGACCCUGAAUACUGGAAUUGGCUUGCAAGACAUGAAAUGAGCAAAGAGACGAGCGUAGAGUUUGCAAGUCCUCAAAUGCAAAAGGCUAUUCAGGUUUUUGAAGAGGGCGUACAAACUGUUACUUCAAGUUCUAUGUUUGAUAUGUAUAUAAAGUUUUUGAUGGAGGCUAUUGCAGAGUCGAAUGACGACGCUGAUGAAACUUCCCCUGCGUCUAAUCCGACCGGGGAGUGCAUUUCCCAUCUGAUAAAUGUGUACGAAAAGGCUGACGAAACUGAGUGUUUGACGGAGGAGCUUGCUAAUGAAUAUGUGUCUCUGUACUUGAAACUGGGAAGGACAGAUGAAGCUGAGAAGCUAGCAGAAAAGCUUUGCUCUGGAAGAUUUGCGGGAUCAGCUAAGUUAUGGUUUUCAAGAGUUACCAUUGAAACAAGAUCACUUUCAAAGAACUCCACUCCUAGUAAAGCAGAGUUGAAGUCAGUCUUUGAGCUCCUUUCAAAUGCUUUGAAGAAAGUACCGAUCUCAGAAUCUGAGAGCUUGUGGCUUAUGGCGUUUGAGUUCUUUGGUCAGCAAAGAACUUAUUUUGACAAGCUUGUAGAGAUGUCCAUCCUAUCGGUAGCCAAAGGCAAUAAAGGGAGCGACCAUGCGUUUUCUCUCGCUUCCGCAGUGGUGAAAUUUGUUCUCCAAACAAAAGGGAGCCAAAGUGCGAGGGAGAUAUACAAGAGGUUCUUGGCUCUUCCCCGUCCCGGUCUUGCUCUAUACAAAGAUUGCAUUGAAAUAGAGACAUCACUAGGUGAUAAAGAUAGUCUCAGGAAUGCCCGGAAGCUAUACGAUUCUGCUGUUGCAAGUUACAGUCAAGACGUGGAGCUGUGGAAGGAUUAUUACUCGUUGGAGAUAAAGAUGGGAACGUCAGAGACAGCCAAUGGUGUGUAUUGGCGCGCGAGAAAGACUCUGAAUGAGUCGGCGGAUUUCAUAGUUGGAUCUGAUUAA